AUGGCCCGCUUCAUCGCCCUCCUCUUUUUCGCGCUCCUGUUCGUCUGCAGCCCAGCAAAGGCGGGCGCGGCGCCGGAUCCCUGCGGGGUCGCGGACUCGUGCAAGACCUGCGUCGCGACGAACGGAUGCGGGUGGUGCGGGGAGACGCUCGAGUGCAAGAAGCAGCCCGGGAUGUUCGGUGGAGGUUGCAAGGGCAUGCUCAAGGAGAUGUCGUCGUGCACCCCGCUCAGGGACUCCCUCGUGAAGCUGGGAGAUUCGCUCCCGGCGGUCUCCGCCAAGAUGGUGGCGGCGUACGACGCAGUCCGCGACGCCAUCACCGUGUAG